GAAUUGACAGCACAGUGAGUUCUACGUACACUUAUUAAGCAUAUCAGAGCACACUUUUUACAACUUUUGUUUAACGAGCUGUUAGUUUUUUCUGCCGAAUUUGUGAAUUCUCCAAACUUGAUAGUUAUUGUUUUGUUUUCGGAAUAUACCAAGCGCUUUUCAGUAUGAGUCAACCGAUCAAUCACAACAUUUUACUGUUGGGAGAAACUGGAUCCGGGAAGUCUACUCUCAUCAAUUAUUUGGCAAAUUAUUUUCUCGGGGGAUCACUCGAUGAUCUUAAAAUUGCAAUCCCAAUGAAGUAUCACCCGCAGAACAAACCAGGCUUUCCUAUACACUCUGAACAGGACAUCUCCGAUAAAACGAAAAGUAAAACCGAGAAGUGUACUCUGUAUAAUUUCAUGCAUAAUGGCAAACAAUACGGCUUUAUCGAUGUUCCGGGGCUAAGUGAUACAAACGGAGCGGACAAAGACAUCGAGCAUAUAGAAAAUAUCAUGACCACUGCUGAGAAUAUCGGAUCCAUCGCCGCCAUUGUGCUUGUCAUUAACGGUACAGUGUCAAGAGUCACAGCGAACCUGAAAAAUGCAAUAGAUCGAAUGAGAUGUGCUGUGCCAGAUGUUCUACUAUCGAACCUUGUGGUUGUGUUUACCAACUGUUCUGAAGAUACUGUCAACUUUGAGCUGUUCGUAUUGAAACCGUUGACGAUUCCAGAAAAAAACAUAUUCUACAUGGACAACAAUGCUCUAAGAGUUGCUAAAAAGGACUGGAACAAUAAUCAGGAAAAGAAGGAAAGACUUAAAUCUCAAUGGAAAACAUCUAUGGAAGUAAUUGAGCAAAUGAUGGAACAAAUCGAUCAGUUCGGCAGCAUGGCUUCUAAUGCGUUUGGUGAAAUGCACGAGUUGGGAAAUUUAAUAACAAUACAGCUCAAUGAAUGCCGAAUGCUAAUCGAAAAGCUCCAGACCACGCAAAAACAAUAUGAUGAUUCCUCAAAGGCCCUCAAUGAAGCAACUGCCGGUAUCAAAGCAACUUCCAAUUAUUCCAAAAAGGUGACGAAAGAAGAACUUGUGUUGAUACACACUCCAUAUUGGAAUAUAGUUUGCAGAAAUUGUAAUCCGGAUGGCGAGUGUUGUCACGAUUGUAAGGCGAUUGCAGUAAAAUUUUGUAGCAAAUUCCAUAAUUAUCAAUGCACAAAAUGUAAAUGCAGCUUGGAUUUCCACUACUUCGAAACGUACAAACCAAGAAAGAAUCGUAAAGUUGUGAUCGAAAUCAAUGAAUUCAUGAAGCAACAACAUGAUAAUCAUGUACAAGCAAAGGCUAGAAUUGAAGUCGAACUACCAAAACUCAGUGCUAAAAUUGAUUCACUAAAGCAAAGCUUUGACACUCAAAUCCAAAAAAUCCAAAACUGUUGUCAAAGCCUCAGGAAAAUACGAUCCCAGAGCAAUUUUACUGCAGAGCAAGCGGACGUCUUCGUGGCUAUUCUGAAAGACGUGCGCAAUAUGGCAACUACUGCUGGCACAUCUGAAGCUAGAAUUAGAUUGAAUUAUGUUGAAAGCCUGACUGAAUUCAUUCAACAGCCAUGAUUGGCAGAAACAUUUUCAAAUCAUACUAUUAGCCUCGCCACUGUUUACCGUUAGACAAAUGCUUUACGCCAUUUAUGAAUACAUUAUGUAUAUUCUUUAAUAGCUUAAUGUUUACAGAAUAAUUAAAUAUCUGAAAUUCAUACUGCUAAAUGUGUGUGCACUAAAAUUUAAACUACUCGAUAUUAUAACUUGGUUUUAUCUUUAAUAUUUGAUCUAUGAAAAUCUUGGCUUAAAUUUGUAAAUAUACAUAUCCUAAUAAAUGACUUACACCUAGCCUUACACUUUUCUCUCAAGAAUAACUACUUGAAUCCAGUUCAAAGCAACAUACCGAAUGCCUGUAAAAAUUCGAAUUCCGAAACGGUUCAGGAAAUUAUAUCAACUUUUUUGGACAAAAGGGGUGUUUGCACAUCAAAUGGAUUUUUUCGGCCUAUCUUUAGGAGAGACUGGGUAGACUUGAUCCCUUUUUCUUAAUUUGCGUCAGGGAAACCACAAAUUUAGAUCCGAUUUUCACACAGAAUGGCAGGUAUACUUGCAAGUUUACACACAACAGAAGGAUUGCAAAUUCUUAGAAGGUUCAAAGUAGAAAUAUUACGAAAACAACAACGACAACACUGUAGCACACUAGAAGUAAAACGAAUUAGCCUAUUAUUUCAUCUGAAAACCACAAUCCCAAUCAAAAACACGCUUCAACGUCAAGGAUACUUCACGUGGUACACAUAAGCGACAACACACUUCGGAACCUAUUGUG